AAUAAAAUUUUAAUUCCGUCCCCCCAAAACCCAAAUGAGUCUCGCCAUUUUGAGAAGUCCUUCCUUUCCAACAGCCAUCGGGCGAUUCAAAUGUAACAAAAUGUCAAUUACCGGAUUCUCUUCCAAAAAAAAGAUUUCCGCUUUGGACCCAAUUCCAGAUUCUGAUGAAGUCUCUCAGCCAGAAACUCGUGUUUUUGUGAGGAAAAAGAGAAUGAAAAAGACUCUGGAGGUUGCAGUAAAGCAGCCUAGAGUAGAACCUAAGAAGGAGAAACUACCUGACAUUGAAGAUUUUGCAUAUGAGAAGGCAGAUAGAUCUGCACACUCAGGGAAGUCAAAACUCAUCGCAGAUGUGCUUCCUAUGAAUACUGAAAUUGCUUCUACUAUUAGACCAAUAGAUGAACCCCCUGCCAACUGGGAAAUAGUCCUUGAAGGGAUUCGCAAAAUGAGGUCCUCGGAAGAUGCACCAGUAGACACAAUGGGAUGUGAAAAAGCUGGAUCUUUUCUUCCUCCAAAGGAAAGAAGAUUUGCUGUGUUGGCAUCUUCACUUCUGUCAAGCCAAACCAAGGAUCAUGUAACGCAUGGAGCUAUUCAGCGUCUUCAUCAAAAUGGUCUGCUUACUGCUGAUGCCAUCGAUGUAGCCGAUGAAACAACAAUUAAGGACUUGAUUUACCCUGUUGGCUUUUAUACCAGAAAAGCUAGUAAUUUGAAGAAAAUUGCAAAAAUUUGUCUCAUUAAGUAUGAUGGAGACAUACCUAGCUCUUUGGAGGACUUGCUAGCACUUCCAGGGAUAGGUCCUAAGAUGGCUCAUUUGGUUAUGAAUAUUGCAUGGAACAAUGUUCAAGGAAUAUGUGUAGAUACCCAUGUGCAUCGCAUUUGCAAUCGGCUUGGAUGGGUGUCUCGGCCAAGCACAAACCAGAAAACUUCAACUCCUGAGGAAACAAGAGCAUCUUUGCAACUAUGGCUUCCAAAGGAAGAGUGGGUUCCAAUAAACCCUCUUUUGGUUGGAUUUGGACAGACAAUUUGUACUCCACUCAGACCUCGCUGUGAAUUGUGCAGCAUAAGCGAGUUCUGCCCAUCUGCGUUUAAGGAGACCUCAAGUCCAACAUCCAAGAAGAAGCUGUAAAUCAUAAUUAGUUCCUGGGAGGGAACUUGGUUACUCAUUUAUCCCUCCAGCAUAUCUUGUGCAUGCUUUGUAAUGGCUAAUGGAGUAGAGUUUUAAGGUUCACUUUGUGGUAUGUCAUAGAUUGUUUAUGCAGCAUUUGAGGAGGAUGGGUUCCUGGGGAGAACAAUGCGAUUCUGGAAGGGAUUAUUCAUUUUGGUAAAGAUCAAAUAGGUGCGAUCUUGGAAAUGUCAAGUAGGAUUCGAAAUUAUGUAUCUUUAGGAUGUAACUAAACUAAAAAACAAAAUUGAAAAUAUCUAUUUCUCAUUAGGAUGAAAGAGAACUUUUUCUCAUGCAUACGUGCAUAGAAAAUGUCAUUAGUUGUA